AUGGGGCAUGACAUAAAUGAGUAUAACCUUGUCUUACAGAUUAUUAGACCUUCUGAAACUACAAAGGACACAAAAGAUAUCCAUUUUGAGAGAAACAUAAUUGUUAGUGAAGAGGACUUGUUGUUACCAAAAAAAUUAAAUGCUGAACAACUUAUAUCGUACAACACAAUUAUUGAUAGAAUAUCUUCUAAGAAGGCAGGAGCUUUUUUCGUUGAUGGUCCCGGAGGAAUAGGUAAAACUUACUUAUAUCAAGUUGACAUAGAUGAUAAUUUUUGUUGUAAUGUUAGUAAACAAAGUCCACUUGCUUGUUUAAUUAAAGAUGCAAAAUUAAUUGUAUGGGAUGAAGCAUCUAUGGCAAAAAAAAACAUGAUUGAAGCUCUUGAUGUACUUUUGAGAGAUAUAAUGGAUGUCAAGACACUUUUUGGUGGUAAAGUCAUUGUAUUUGGAGGUGACUUUAGACAGACUCUUCCAGUAGUGCGAAACGGGAAAAAAGAAGAUUUUAUUCAUCAAAGCUUAUUAUACUCCAACAUUUGGAAUGAUCUUGAGAAAUUACAUCUAUCUGAAAAUAUGCGUGCAAGAACAGAUCCAUCUUUUUGUGAAUAUCUACUUAGAAUUGGAAAUGGAAAAGAAACACCUCAGUGUGAAAACAAAAUUGAGAUUCCUAAUUCUCUUAUUAUUCCUUUUACAACUGAAGAACAAUCCUUAGAUACCUUAUUUAACGUAACAUAUCCUGAUUUAUGUACAUUUUCUUCUGAUUCAUCUGCAAUAUCUUCUCGUGUUAUUUUAACAACAAAAAAUGAUUUUGUAAAUGAAAUAAAUGAUAUGCUAAUCAGAAAAUUUCCAGAAAGAGCUACAACAUAUGUCGCAACAGAUGAAACUGUUGAACCAAAUGAUCAAAGCCAAUUUGAAGACUUUUUACAUACUUUACACCCUCCUGGCUUACCUCCUUAUAAGUUAACUUUAAAAGAGAACUGCCCAGUUAUGUUGUUACGAAAUUUGAAUCCUUCCGAAGGUUUAUGUAAUGGAACACGAUUAACAUGUUGCGACCUUAAAACGCAUGUCAUAAGUGCUAAAAUUGAAAGUGGUGACUUCAAAAAUACACAUGUAUUUAUUCCAAGAAUUCCAUUACUGACAUCACAAGAUGAGAAAAUUCAUGUACAAUUUAAAAGGACACAAUUUCCUGUGCGAUUGUGUUUUGCUAUGACUAUAAAUAAAGCUCAAGGUCAAACGUUAGAUUUUGUUGGAAUUUACCUACGAGAACCUGUUUUUUCACAUGGUCAAUUAUAUGUGGCUUUAUCAAGAGCAAAAAGUUCAGAAUGUGUCAAAAUACUAAUUCGUCCCCCUACUGGAGACAGUAAUGAUGAUCAUUCAACAUAUAAUAUAGUGUAUGAUGAAAUUAUUCAGAGAGCCUUCUCAUAGGUAAGGUAACAAUUGACUUUGAUAUAGUUAAUUUCAUCAAACUUUCCAUUGUAAUUUUUUGUUGCUAUCAAAAAAUUAUGAUUCACUAAAGCAUGCUAGCCUGCAGUUCUUGAAUAGUUACUUCUCGAGAAUUUUGUUAUGCAAAUUCAUAUCCUAUUUCUUGUUAUGAAAUGCCAUUAAUUGACUUGGCCA